UGUCAUUCCAAAGGCGAACCUGUCAUUCCAAACCAGACUAACCCCUCAAAAAUACAACAAAAAAACCAUGAAAAUAACAGCCGACGUACUCGAAUCAGCUUCAACCCUCAAGCGACCCACGCAUGAAAGCCGCGACGCCUUCCUGAAACGAGUCAGUCAUGUCUCGCUCGUGAAUAAGGGCAUUGGGGUUAUGGAGAAUCUGGGAUUGUGCCGAAACUUAUCUGUGCUAUAUCUGUACGAUAACAAGAUCACGCACAUCACAGGCCUGAGCGGGUGCCUGAACCUCUCGCAACUGUACCUGCAGAACAACCAGAUAGAAGAGAUUGAGGGGUUGGACGGCGGGUUGCAUGCGUUGCGUAUCCUGCAUCUGCACGGCAACAGCAUCCAAUAUAUUCGCGGCCUGCACAAUCUACCAUCCUUAGAGCAUCUCAAACUCGACCGGCAGCGAUUAUCGCCGGGGCAGAGCUUGGAGUUCAGUCAGGAUGAGUUUUCGGUACCACUGGCGGCUAGUUUGAAACGUUUGAGUCUGGAAGGUAACAAGAUCAACGAUAUUGGGCCAAUCGUAACGCUACGUGGACUGGAGGAGCUGGACUUGUCGGAUAAUCGUAUUGACGAUGCGGAGUCAGUGGAGUGGAUGGUCGCCUCACUCCCUCAUCUGCACACGCUGAGCCUUUCGUCCAACCCCGUUGUCGUCAAGCAGCCAGCAAAGCUCCGCCAGCGCAUCAUCGUAGCUGGCCUCGCACUAGAAACAUUGAACGGAAAACCCAUCCCAGAGAACGAACGUGUCUUCGCCUCAAACUUUCAAGCCGCCCAAGCCCGCCGCCAUCGCGUGCAAAACUCAAAAGCCAACUCCUCAUCCGAUCUGCAAACCGAGGAAAGCCUCCUCGAUCCCGCCCUGGCUGCUGCUGAUGAACCCAAACCAGUCCCACAUUUGCCGCCCUACGCGACGCAAUAUCGGGAUCUGAUCUUGCAGAUGAAGGGUAUGGCGGAUCUAGAGAGGGUGAAAGAGCAGGCGAAGGUCAAGAAAGCGAGACCUGUGGUAGGGAGAGCCGGAAUUCGGAAACGUUCGGAGGUGCUGGCGGAUUUGGCUGCUAGCGCGGCUGAGAAUGUGCAACCGUUGUGACGAAAUCCAAGGCAUCAAAUCCGAACUGAACAGAUACAAGGCAGCCAAUGUCGCUUGCUUCGUCGCCGUUUUCUUGGCGGAGUCAUUGUUGUGGCUCGAAAGGCUCGAGCGGGUAACGGACCACGGCUAUAGGACCUGAUUGGCGCGCACCAUCUUUUCCCGUGCAGUCCUUGUACAGUAUAUAGCCAUGUAGAGGUUGGUCCUGUACAGCGGAGUCGCAAGCUUUUCCCUUCUCGUUGUUGCUGUUCUCUGUUCUUGGCGAAGCAAGUUGUCUUGGCGGGCGCUCCAACGGGCGGCGUCUGGGCGGCGUUCCCCCCUUUUAUGUGAAGCGUAAUUUGGGGACUUUCAACGCCUUCCAAGUUCCAACCCUUUCAGACGCAAGCUUGCCGU